AUGCUAACAAUUUCGUGUUUAAUAGGUGUUAACAAAGGGGGUGAAUGCAAUGUUGAUAAUGUUACACAUUAUAGCGCGACACAGGAUGACAAUCAAAAAAAAUUUUUUUUUUUUGUUAAUGGAUCUGGUUAUAUCUACAUUUUAGGAGAUGAAGCUGCAUUUUAUAAUACUUUUUGGAGUCUUCAAACUUAUUUUAGCAAUCCGCCGAAAUUAUUCAAAGACAAUAAUUUGGAAGUUGUUCUUAAUAAUAUUGGCAUCGUUUUAAAUAGGUUUUCCGAUAUUAUUGCUCGUGAAAAACUCAAGACUGCUGAAGAAAAUUUAGGGGGAAUUCGGAAUAAUGAUUUUGAAUAUGGGCUUCCUUCCCCUCCAAGUGAUGAUGGACGUGGAAAGAAAAGAAAAUUUAUGGAAACUGAUGAGGAAGAGUCAAUAACUUUUUCUAAGGAUUACGUUAAAUAUUUUCCUAAAUAUCUGUCGAGUUUUGCAUUAUUCGAUAAGGAGUAUCUUACAGGAUUUUUCCCAGAGGAGCAGGCUCGUAUUAACAAAGCGAAAGCACCCCACGAUACUGCCGCUGUUCAAUUACCCACCUAUACGAUCAUGGAACCACAACAACAUAUGGUCCAAGAAAUAUGGAGUAAAAUCAUUGGACAACUUGAAGAAACAACACCAAAUGGAAAAAAUUUUGUUCGAACAAUACUGCAUAUACUUAACAUGGAAAAACGAUGGAAUUAUUGGAAAUUUGCUGAUAAUUGCUCUUUUGGAUCAGAUAAAGAAACUAAAGAUAAAGCAGAAAGAGCGCGUGAAGAUUUUGCCGAAGCUUUGAAGAGAAAGGCUAAAAUGAAUAAACCUAUGGAACCUUUCGAACAUAAAUCAAACAAACUUUCGGAAUUUUGGACGAGAAAAGAUAAUGUUAAUGAUGAUGAAUUCAUGGCAGAUGCUUCCCGUAAAAUAAUACCACCGGAUUUUUAUACAGUAUACGAACGAAUAAGGCAAGAUGGGUAUCCGGUAAGUUAUAAGAUAGGGUUUACCUUAGAUCCAUCAGAUACAGUAGAAGAGAAGGAAAUAAAAGAAAAAUGUUGGGUAAUUAAUCACUUUUACGUUUGGAACGAUGCGAAACUUAAAAAUGCAAAGGAAGAUGAAGAAAAGAAAGAUGAUGUAGAAGCUUUGAAGAUGUUGAUUGAUGAAAAUCCUACUUGUA